GUGACACUUUCCGCUUUGGAGGAGCAUUAUGCUCAGACGACAGUGAAAAAUGGAAAUACAACCAUAUCGUGUAUUAUCUUUUUAGACUAUUUUGCGCAUGAUCAUUUUAUAAUCCGAAUCUGAAAUUGCAACAAAGGGUUUGAGUAUGGCAAGCUCUAAGCAAAAUAUGUCCCCUCGGGCUAGCAAACAGAUAGAUCAUAGUUCGAAUCCUUCUCACUUUUCCGCUAUAUUUGAUCGUUUCUGUAAUAUGAGAUUUAAUAUGGAACUUUGCGAUGUGAUAUUGAAAGUAGGGAAUGUAACGUUCGCUGCUCACCGCUUGAUUCUCGCAGGUAACUCGCUGUACUUGCGAAAUAUCUUUGCUUCGGAAAAUUCUGGAACGCAACAACAAGAAAUUGCUUUGCCAAGCAAUUUUCGUGAAGAAACUGUGAGACUGAUUUUAGAUUAUUUCUACUCUGGCAACCUGGCUAUUAACACAGAUGACUGCGAAGAACUCCUUUCAUUGGCUUCUCUUUUACAGAUACGAGAAAUUGUUGAUGAGCUUCAGGAAUUUGUCAUUUCAAACCUCCACGCAUCCAACUGUCUGCGGUUUCAAAGUUUAGCCCAUAAACUUAAACUUACAAAUUUCAAAGCUAAAAUUGACCGUUUUGUUGACUGGAAUUUCAAGAGCCUGCUGAAAGAGCCUGACUUUUUGGCGAUGUCCGCUGAACACCUCAUCGAAGUUAUUGGAAGCGAAAAUAUACGAGUUAAACGCGAGGAGACUGUGUAUGAGGCAGUUUACAGGUGGUUCAAACAGGACCCAAAUGGAAGAGCAAGCAAGGCAGAAAGAGUGUUCUCAGAGAUCCAUUUUGAGCAGAUCCCAUCAAAAUACCUCACCAAAGAAGUCGUUCCAAACCUUUGUGAAAAAUACAAUGUUUGUGUCGAUCGAGUGAGGGAAGCUUUAGACCAACAAGCUGCAUCUAGGAACAACACACAAACAUCGAAAUCAGAUUUUGCAAGGAAGCCCCAAGAUGUGAUCUAUGUCAUUAGCUGUAGAACAAACCUCGUGGAGCGAUUCGAUUCGGUGACUUGCGCAUGCGUACGCUGUCUUGAGAUGACAGGACCGGCGGGAAGUAUGGAGAGUCUGAGUGAAAACCGCUGCGCAGUUGUCGUGGGACAGGAGCUUUAUUGCUUGUCCAGUGGCAAAGUCGACAAAUUUAAUUUGUUGGAGCUUUGUUGGACUGAAGUGGGUGAAGGUGUUGAUGUUCAUGACUCGGGUGUUUGUGCAGGGAAAGAUUGUAUUUUUGUGGUGGGUGGAAGGCAGAGAGGAGAAUCAGCUUGUGAAUUCAAUGUGGAAACACAGGAGUGGACAGAUCUUCCAAAUAUGAAUUACAGCAGGCGAUGUCCAGGUCUGACAUUUUUGUCUGGUAAACUGUACGUGAUUGGUGGACACAGCCCAGAUGGGGCCUUAGCCUCCAUCGAACGCUUUGACACAAAACAAGAAAAGUGGACCACUUUGAAGUCGAUGAACUUUCCGCGUUUUCUUUUGGGAGCAUGCGCAAUAAAUGGGCUGGUAUAUGCAGUGGGGGGCAGGAACAACGAACGGAGCCUGGACACAAUAGAAGUGUUCGACCCAAAGGCAAAGAACUGGACCAUUCUAAAUGAAAAAAUGAAAGACUCAAGGAAUGAUUUUGGACUUGUAUCACGAGAUAAUGAGAUCUUCUGCAUCGGUGGACGUGGCGUAAAAUCAAUUGAAUGUUUUGAUGUGGUAACUAAGCAGUGGAAAAAUAUUGGCUCAACGGGAGAGAAUAACUUUAGCAUAAGUUGUGUUUUUUAUCUGCCAUUUUAGGAAACAGUCCUGGGGACAAGUAUAAGCCAUUAACUGAAUAUUUUUAAUAUGACACCUUAAAAGAGAACACGUCGACACAUUUCCAAAACAGAGACUGUAAAGUUUCGAAAAAAAAUGUUCCGCUAACUGAAUCCAAUCCAAACUUUCAAAAGUUUGGCCAUUUGAAGUGGCCAAACUUUUGAAAGAAACGAAUAUCUGAAAGAUUCUAGUCAGAAGGCAGAUCUUCCCUUUUGAUCAGGGAACAAGGUAAUUAUUAAACAUAUCAAAAGGCAGAACUUACGCUAGCCAGAGGAAGUCUCUACAAAAAUGUUUCUUUUCAUUUUAAUUUUCUCUCCUUUUUUUUCAUUUAAUUCGUAUUGUAAAUGAUAAUUGUUUCCAUCACUGGCAAUUACUGAGAUGAUUACGGAUAUACCUAAAAUGAUUUAAAAUAUGUUCUAGCUCUCCGAAAGCUCCGAUCUAUUGGGUUUUAGUUAAGUAGCGCCCGUUCUAUAAGUGGCUACUUUGUCACUCAUUUAGUUAAAUUGGAACCCAAAACUGAGGAGAGAAACGUUAAACAGUGUUACAUCCAAAAGUAGACAGUAUUAUUAGUGUAUGGUUAUUCAUGAUAACAAACUGUAAUUCUGAACCUUUAGUUAGACAUGGCUUACGCGGUAUAUUGAAAUGAUUCAAACGAG